GGGGCUGGAGGAGCACGCACCGGGUCCCGAGGGGGGGACCAUGGUGGAGCCCCCUCCCCGAAAGGGAAAGGAAAGCGAAAGGAAGCCGGCAGGGAGUUUGCCGGGCCACCCCGAGGGCCCUUCUUGUUUCCUGCUUGUUUGUUUGUUGUGGUUGCGACGGGAGGGUGCGCCUCCCUCGAGGACUGGCCUGGGGCUCCUGCCUUCGCCCCCCGCAUUUGCCCACCUUCUCCAUCUCCCCCCCCCCCCAGUUUUCUCCUUUUGUCUGGCCGGGGGGGGGCAGGGGGAGGGGGGAGGGGGCUGGGAGCCUCUCUUCGCCCUCCCUCCCCGUUCGCGGGGGUCUCGCGAGGGACGGUGGCUGCCUGGGAUGUCAUCUGUCAAAGACGAGAGAGAGAGAGAAAGAGAGAGAGACAAUAAAAGUGGGGGACGGAGGAGAGCGAGGGGGGCGGGAGGGAGGGAGGGAGGGAUACAGGGAAGACGACGGAAGGAAGGAAGGAAGGGAUCGGGGAAAGGGAAGGGGCAGGCGCGCAGGCACGCACAUUCACACCCCCGCCCCCCGCCCCCCGCCCCGUUUACACCUGCCUUGGCCCUCCUUUCCUUUCCUCCCUCCCUCCCUCCCUCCCUCCCUCUUUUCUGGCCCGUCCGGCUCCAGCGGGCAAAGCGCGGCGGAGGGAAGGAAGGAAGGAAGGAAGGAAAGAGGGAAGGAAGGAGGGAAGGAAGGAGGCCGGCGGAGGAGCCCGGGGCCAGGCGGGCGGAGGACCCACUCCCCGGGAGAAGGAGAGAGAGAGAGAGAGAGAGAGAAGAGAGGGAGAGGGGAAAGAGAGAAGGAGGGGAGGAAGGAAGAGGAGAGACCCUCCCGGCCGCCCCCCUGCAACCGAGGGCCCCCCUCCCCGCCCCCCCAGCCCCCCACGCGCCCUUCCUUGCCCCUCGGAGCCUCCCCCCCUCCCUCCGCCCUUCCUUCCUUCCUCCCUUCCUUCCUCCCUUCCUUCCUUCCUUCCCCGCCUGCCCGCCUGCCUCCGGGGCCCUUCCCCGGCCUCCUCCCUCCCUCUGCUCCCGGGCUCCUUCCCGGGGCCGGCGGGGCCGAGGGUCUGCCUGGGCCGGAGGGGGGAUGCGCCCCCGCCGCCCGCGCCAUGUUCAUCCCGCUGCCGGUGCCGCUGGUCUUCCGAAGGUCUGCCGCCGAGAACAACGAGGGAUGGCGCCUCAAGCCGCCGCUGGCCCUCCGCUCCGCUCCCGAAGUAAGAAUGUCUAAGCCCCUGGAGCUGGAGAAGGCACGGCUGGAGCUGCAAGAAGAGCACACAGAUACAGAAAGAAAUGGACCCGACACAAACCACCAGACCCAGCAGAGCAAGCCUUCUCCGUUCUCUCCGUCCCCCACCAGCACCGGCACCAAGAUCAAAGCCGAAGACCCCACAGAGAUGCCUCCAGCUCCAGCCCCGGUACCGGCUCCGGCCCCGGCCCCAGUCCAGCCGCCCCACCUGCCCCAGGCCCAGCUGAUGUUAGCCGGCAGCCAGCUUGCAGGGCUGACGGCCCUGAUGCCCGCGCAACAGCAGCUGCUCCUGCAGCAGGCCCAGGCCCAGCUCCUGGCAGCCGCCGUGCAGCAGUCCAAUGCCGCUGCUGCCGCUGCCGCCUCUCAGCAGCCGGGCUCCGACCUGCCGGCCCCGCAGAACCAGCCCCAGGCGCCCCAGCUGGCCCUCUCGCAGCCCAUCCAGCUCACGGCGCAGGACAUCCAGCAGCUGCUCCAGCUCCAGCAGUUAGUCCUGGUCCCAGGACACCACCUCCAGCCGCCUGCGCAGUUCUUGUUGCCGCAAGCCCAGCCAGGGCAACAAGGGCUCCUCUCCACACCAAAUCUCUUUCAGCUACCUCAGCAAAACCCCGGGAGCCUCCUGCCGAAUCAGCCUCGCGCAGGACUCCCAGCACAGCAAGUGACUCGGCCCGGCCUCCCCGAGUCGCACCUGUCUCAUUCGCAGCCGCCACCUCCGCCCAAAUGCCUGGAGCCCCCCUCCCACCCCGAGGAGCCCAGCGACCUGGAGGAGCUGGAGCAGUUUGCCCGCACCUUCAAGCAGCGGCGGAUCAAGCUGGGCUUCACGCAGGGAGAUGUGGGGCUGGCCAUGGGGAAGCUUUAUGGGAACGACUUCAGCCAGACCACCAUAUCGCGCUUCGAGGCUCUCAACCUCAGCUUCAAGAACAUGUGCAAGCUCAAGCCUUUGCUGGAGAAAUGGCUGAAUGACGCUGAGACCAUGUCGGUGGACUCCACGCUUCCCAGUCCCAACCAGCUGACCAGCCCCAACAUGGGCUUUGACGGGCUGCCCGGCCGGCGCCGAAAGAAGCGGACCAGCAUCGAAACCAAUGUCCGCUUUGCUUUAGAGAAAAGCUUUCUCGCGAACCAGAAGCCUACCUCAGAGGAGAUCCUGCUUAUCGCAGAGCAGCUGAACAUGGAGAAGGAGGUGAUCCGCGUCUGGUUCUGCAACCGCCGACAGAAGGAGAAGCGGAUCAACCCCUGCAGCUCUGCCCCCGUGUUGCCUCCCCAGGGCAAGCCCCCGGGAUACAGCCCACUCUUGGUGACCAGCCCCGGCACAAGUCUGCCUCUCUCCCAGGCUUCCAGCAGUUUGAGCACAACAGUUACUACCUUGUCCCCAGCGAUCUGCUCCCUGACCCCGAGCCGGACAGCUGUGGGAGUGGGGGGCGCCGCCCUCAACUCGGCCACUCCACCCCCCAGCAACAGCACAAACCCCAGUCCCCUGAGCGGCAGCGGCGGAACAGGAGCAGGAGGCGGCGGAGGCAUCCACCCGGCCAUCAGCCUGCAAGGCCUGAAUCCCAGCCCGGGAAGCACAGUGCUGGGGGUGAAUGCAGGGUUAAACCCCGCGCUCAUGGCCACCAACCCGCUGGCCACCAUACAAGCCUUGGCCAGUGGUGGAAGCCUGCCGAUUACCAGCCUUGAUGCCAGCGGCAACCUGCUCCUGGGCACCAGCGCCAGCGUCACGGGGGCCGGCAGCCAGAGCAUCGUGACCUCUCCGCUCUUCCUGAACCACGCCGGAUUGCCCUUGCUGGGCACCGCCCCGGGAGGCAGCGUGGGAGGCCUGGUCUCGGCGGCGGCGGCGGCAGCGGUGGCAGCCUCCAUGCCAAGCAAGUCUCCCGUCCUGACCUCCUCCUCCUCCUCCUCUUCUUCCUCCUCCUCCUCUUCCUCCUGCUCCUCAUGCAGCUCGGCCGCCAGCGAUGUGGCGCAGACUCUGGCCCAGGCCGCUCCGGGAUCAGUCACUGCCGAGCCAGACGCCAAGACGGAAUGAGGGCCGCUGCCGGCCAAGAGGGAGCCGGAGGAGGAGGAGGAGGAGACCCGCACGCAGCGCCUUGGCGGCAGAGGAUGGCGGCGGCAGAGCGUUGGACCUACAAACCGACGAGCGAAACCAAAAAAUGUGUAUGAACCAAAACCAAAACCAAACAAUGAAUUGUCAGCAACAGCCAAACAAACAAAAAAAACAACCAAAAAAUAGAAAAUAACCCAAAGUAGCCAAAACCAAGCCAAGCAAAAAGGGACAAAGGAAGAAACCAAAAAGAAUUCCCCAAACCUGUGCUUUCCUUUUCCAGAUGUUUUAUUUCCUUUCCCUUCCUCAGAAAGAACAGACACACCUUGCCAAAGGUGACUCGUUGAAAUGCUUUCUUAAAAACUAUUUAUUUUUCAUCUGCUGGUUUCCUUGGACCGUGUCAGAAAGGAAACAAAAAAGGAAAUGGGGAAAGGAUGUUUCUUUUUCUUUUUUGGUAAAAAAAAUACAAGCAAAAAAAGAGAGAAAAAGGAAAAAGACAAAAAAAUAAUAAGAAAAAAAACAAACUCCACCUUUAAAAUCUUUAAAGGGGGAAACGAAUCUCACACCAAAAAUCACCAGUUCUAGCUUCACCCAAAGCUUUUUACAGACUUUUCUAACUUCUGUGUCUGGUCGAAUGUCUUUCAAAUACUCUUUUAUUUAUUCUUAUUUAUUCUCGGUUCUCUUUGGGUUCCAGGAGGGGGGCGGGCGGGCGGGGAGGGGGGGGGGUUGGCUUCUCAGCAUCGCGUUUUUACUAUGGAUAAUUGUUCAUGAGCUCUCCCUUCCCUCUCUUUUUCCUUUUCAAACCUGAAAGCGACAAGCAAGGGGUUUCCUGCGUCCUCUUUGACCACAAAGGUUCAGGCUUUCAAAGGCCGUGGCGACUGGGUGCCAAGAAGCCAUUUUGGCCCCUGUGCGGACGGUGGUCAGUCUGCAGACCCUUUUCCAACUUGGAUUCGGGCCCAUUGGGACAAACCCCUUGAUGCCACUUGGCCAGAGACCCCCUGAAAGCCUCGGCCUGCGGCUCUAAGCGGGCUACCCCUCGCUUGUCUAGUCAUAGGGUGCGGUCUACACUGUGGAACAAAUGCAGUUUGACACCACUUUGAUAGCAUCCCGGGAGCCGUAGUCUCGCAAAGCCUUCCCAGCCAAAGAGUGCCAAAGUACAGCGCCCGGGGCUCCCUCGCCUUGAGCGGUGGCAGCGCAAGUGGGACAAAACUGCAUCAGUUUUACAGUAUAGAUGCCCCCUUAUUGAUUUUGCCUUUUAAAAAGAUUUCCUAAACAAAUGAUUAUUUCUGCCUGGGAUUACUUACUAUCGGGGGUUAUUUUCUGAAAACAGGGGAUGUGUAAUUUUUAUUAUUAUUAUUAUUAUUUUUAUAUCUGUGUUCUGAAAAUGAGAAAUACUCAUAUUCCAGUGCCUGACAAAAACCAAACCAACCAAAAAAAACAACAAACAACAAAACAAAACAGGAAUCUCUACUUUUACAUUUUCCAGGAAACAAAUAAAAACCAAAAAUUGAUAAGAUAUCACUACAAAUGACAUGAAGAUCACCGGGGAAUCAAGGAAACGAGGCCACAGAAAAGAGGGGCAAAUACCCCCUUUUGUGUGGAUUCGCAGAGACUCGGAGGCGAGAGAGAAACCUUUAACCAAAAAGAACAAACCAAGCAAACAGAGUGUUGACCGAAGAAGGAAAGAAGGAAGGAAGGAAGGAAAGAAGGAGGGCAGCGUGGGAAUCGAGGGGAGGCUGUGACUUUCUCUGGUGAGACAAUGGCUCAACCGUCUUUCUCUGUCCUGAAAAAGAAAAUACCUCAUGGAAAGCUGUGUUGAGAAGCCAGGAUUUUGUAAAUGGCAAAGAGACAAGCUAAAAGUAAUAAUAAUAGUAACAAUAAUAAUAAACCAAAUCAAAGGACUUGGGUGGGAGAGAAGAGAGGAUCCCGACCCUUCCUCCCCGAAGACUGGAAAGCUUUAAAAAUGGCUUCUCAAAACGCUCUUUCUUUCUUGUUUUGCUCUUGCAGCCUUUUUGCUUUUUCGGUACAUUCUUGAUGGAUUUUUUCUUUCUUUCUUUCUCUUCUUCUUCUUUCCCAGUCCUGCUCGGUUUGGGCUUCUUUUCCAAUGUGUUUCUUUGUAGGGGAGGGGCGCGUCAGUCCAUGUUCUGGGGCUCUUUGAAUGUUUGCCUUUUCUUUUCAACUCCUGCGAACCAAAGUCUUGCUGUUGCAGAGAAGGAAGUUAGCCAUGGCAUACUUGCGAUCUGGUAGAAAACACCAAACCAAAAACCAAAACCAAACCAAAAGGACAGAGUGACAAAAAAAAAAGAUAAACUACGAAACAAACACACACAAAAAAGAAAGGACUUUGAAACCUUUCUUAAAGCCGAAAAACAAAACCAAACAAACACACAAACAAACCUCGACCUCAUUUUAUCUCCUGCUUUUGCUGUGCUAUAAUAGCGUUCAGGUGGGUUUGAGAGAACAAGUGGAAAAAUAAAAAUACUGUGAAACUUUCCAAAAACGAAACAAACAGGAAACACCUAGUUUUUAAAAGACUUGACUUGGAAAACAAAAAAGAGAAGAUGUUUUUCAUCCCAUUCUGUGCGCGAGAGAGAGAGAGAACCAACCGGCAGAGCUUGACCGGUCUCUUUUCAGACGCGGUUCCUGAUGAUCGGUGGACAUUUGGGCGGAGAAGGAAGAAAAACAUUGGGGAUGUCCAGUUUCUCUCUUUUUCUCGACUUUCCUUUCUCUUUCUCUCUCAUGUGCUACUGAACGUGUUACUAGGUGGAAUGUAACUGUUUUAGUGAUCUUUGUUCUUUCUUUUUUCUUGCCUUUAUUUUUUUCUUUUUUGGAAAAAAACUUUGGGGGGGUUCCUUCUAUUUUUUUUUAUAGAGAAAAUUCUAUGUUCCGCUUUAUUGCUUCUUACUGUAUUAAAUGAAAAAAAAAACAAACCAAAUGCUAAAAGGUUUGCAACACAAAAAAUAGAUAAAAAAGGGAAAAAGCUGAACAACAAAAAAAACCAAGGGAAAAAAGAGAAACAAAAACCAAAAUGUGUUUUUUUUAUAUAAAAAAACGAUUCUAGACCAAAAAUGACCCUAUCUCCAUGCAUGGAGCUGAGUGGUGGGUGAAUGGCAGCAGUGGAGGCUCGGAGGAGGAAGGCCGGGAGCAGGACGAUGGGCCCUGGAGUGGACGCUUGGCCAGAGGCAGCGUUUGGCCAAGCGGAAGAGGGCCGCCACGUGCAGGGAUCCUUCUUCGGAUCGGUGGCCAGCCUCACUCGGCCCUCUUCCUGCCCUUCUGUACGACCUCCAGCUUGGGGGAAGGUGGGCUUCUCAGGCUGGGAGCAGACAAAGGCUGGGUUUUUUUGGGGAGGGGGAUCCUUGCCUUCAGGUCCCUUGGAUCCAGAGGGAGGGCGGCCUCCCCUGCUCCGCAAGCUUUAAAGGCAAGGGGACGUCCGUUAUCCGAGCAGAGGCCACCAGGGUGCGCUAGAGGGAGAGGAAUAGUCCAUUUUGGGGGGGAAAUUGGAGGAGGAAAACCAUUCCCCCCGUUUCUGCUGGUUAUUCCCACUCUCCACUUCCCGUAUCGUAAAUGGUUUUCACUAUGGGGACAUGGGGGGGGGGGAAUAACAGGAAUACGGGGGGGGGGGGUCCUCCUUCAACCCGCCCUCCACCCCUGUAAAAUGGACUGUCCUCCUCUCUAGCACCCCCAGUGGCCAAACCAAACGAGCUGACCUUCCUCCUCCUCCUCCUCCCUGCCCUCCGCGUGCCAAGGCUCCCACCACAAGGCUCUUUGGAGAUAGCCUGCCAUAUACCUCAUAUACUUUAAUGAUGAACCAAAUAGAAAAGCUUUAUGAAGGGUGUGUGUGCCAGACGGGUCUGUCUUGGGGUGGCUUUGGGGGACGGGAAAGGGGGGGAGGGUCAGGCUGGCAGCAUCUCUCUCUCAGAAGGAAACUGGGCAGGGGCUCAGGCCCGUCAGUCAUUGCCCCAAAUGGGGGUCUCCUCCCGAAAGGGGAGGGGGGCCAAGCCCUGCGGGCCUUGUUUACAUGGAGGGAGACCCCCUUCCAGCCUGGGGGCCGUGGACCCCUGUGUCAAUGGCAGGAGGGCACAGCUGUGCCCCAAAAGGUCCACCCGGCUGUGGCCCGCUUCCAAGGCAGAGCUUUGGCCCCGAGCCCCUUGGGGGCCCAGGAGUGUGGGAUGCCGCCCGGGAGCCCGGCCUCCUCCCCUCCCCCAGUCAAGCCCGUUGCGGGGUCCCACCCGGAGCCGUGGGGGAAAUCGUGUGAUAACUUUGCCAAAGGUAGUUAGUUCCUAGUACUUAUUCAUUUUGACUCUUUUUUAAUUUCGAAUCUUCCGGGGUCCGAUCCUUGUCUCGUUAAUUUAUUUGUAACUUGUGGGGCUUAGAAGUGACUUGAAAAAAAAUUGAUGAUGAUGAUGAUAAUGAUAAUGAUGAUAAUGUAACAAAUAUUCUGAGUGAUUUUUUAAUUUGUUCUUUUAUUUGGUUCUGUCGUGGUUUUGUGUUUUUUUCCCUGUCUUUUUUUAAAUUAAAAAGCAAAAACAGAAUAAAAAUCUUGCAACCAAAGACGA